UUGAACCUCUUACCUCUCUGCUUUUUGAUUCCCAAUGCCAAUGGAAAAGAUGUGUAUUUUAUCUCAUUACAAAACCACAGUGUCAUUAGGUGGAAAAAGUUUCAGUUCUCUCUAUCUAUAUAUGCUCAAAUAGGAAAAACACUUUCAUCACUCAUUACUCUCUUCUGUCUUUUCACAACCACCCUCUUUCAUUGCAAUGGCAGAUAAUUGGGUUGGUUUCAAGAACAAAAACACUAGCUCUUGUGUGAGAGAGGAUCAUGAUUUUGAUGAACAAGAUGUUUGGGGUGAAUGUGAUUAUACCUCAAAUAUCAAUAGGGUCUCUAAGGAUAAGGAUUCUUCUUCUUCUUCUGCAUGGAAAAAUAUUCCAAAGGGUAAUGCACAUGCACUAGUUUCUGAUGAGUCUUUUGUUAAAGGAUCAUCAUCAGCACCUAUGAAUAUUCCUGAUUGGUCUAAAGUUUAUGGUAAGAAAAAUUGCAAGAAUGGUGGUUUGCAUGGUUAUGAUAAUGAAGAUGAUGAAGAUGAUGAAGAGGGUGAUAUGGUUCCUCCACAUGAAUGGAUUGCUAGGAAGCUUGCAAGGAGUCAGAUUUCAUCUUUCUCUGUGUGUGAAGGGAUGGGAAGGACACUCAAAGGAAGAGAUCUUAGCAAAGUGAGGAAUGCUAUUUUGUCCAAAACUGGCUUCAUUGAGUAGUUGAGUUAAGUUAAGUUAAGUUAAGUGCUUUUUUUUUAAGUUGAGUACUUAGUGGCUUCAUUAAUAUUUAUGUUUCAAAUUUUGGUGUUACCAUUAUCAUAUCAUCCAUCAUUUUGUAUGACUUAGAUUCCAUGCAAUGAAGCUAUGUAGAACUUUGGAUGUUCUUGAAUAGAUGU